AUGGUGCAACAGAUACAGUCGCAGCAACUGCAGGUUUUGUCGCCGCAACAACAGCAAGUUCAUGUGCAGGCACAACCACAUCAGGUUAUGUCGCUGCAGCAUCAGCAACUUCUGUUACAGGCACAACCACAACAAGUUUUGUCGCAGCAACAUCAACAAAUUCAGAUGCAGGUGUUGCAACAGUUGCAGUUACAGCAGGUAGUGUCGCAGGUACAGAAUCUGCAGGUAGUACAACAAACUCAGCAGACGCAAGAAGCAAGUGAAAGUUCAAUUGCAACAGCAGAUCAGUUGCAAGAGAAUUCUGUGACAGAUUUAUCGUCGACACCCGGAGGGCUACCUAGUGAUUUUGAUGCUGAAUGUGACAAGCUUAGGGAAAGCCUGCAGGAAGAGUCUGAGUACCCCCAACAAGCAUUUGUCGCUGCAAAUGAACAGGUGUUGCAGCCAUUAAAUACAAUUUCGGUGAGUGAAUUAUUGCCGAUUAUUGAAACUAUAGUUAUUACUGAGCAUUGUGUGCAUACUGAUUCGUUUUGUUUGCCUAAUGAAUUUGUCAUUGCUGAAAACGAGUUUGUUGAGGUUGAGUGCAGGAAAUUUUGUGAGUCUUCGAGCAGUGACAAUGAUAUUGAGGAGAUUAUUUGUGACAGCUGCGACAAUGUUUUACCUGCAACUGAUAAUUCUGUUUGUCCAAGUAUCGACGAAAUUAAGGGCGAGCAAGAGCAAGGCCAAGUGGCAACUCCUGAUGCCAAUUUAAUGAGAAUCAUGCUAAUUAAGGAAGAAAGGAUGGAUCUUGACUACCUAUGUGAUAGGGAGUUGGUUCAAGAGAGCUAUGAUCAAGAUGAUGGGAAUGUCAUUAACUUUGGGGUUCAAACCAAAGGAGAUGAUGACCUCACGGAAAUAAUUGAGCCGGCACAAUGCUUAGUCGCUGAUGUUCCAAAAGAAGCAGCAGCAGACCAACAGGUUGCAGUUUCUAAUGAUGGAUUCCAAAAUCGGCAGUGCAACAGUAGUGCUAAAUUGGUUAAUGAUGCAAUAGAUUCCAUGCCGGUUAAGCACAAGUCUAAUCAUGCUUGGCUUUAUGACAAGAGACGUUCUGCCAACAGAAGAAGCAAGCGGAGUAAAGAGAAGUUAAUACCGCAUGGUUUUCACUUUGCAGAAAGGGUCGAUGACGGUCCCCGAUUACGUGGCAUUGAUUUUGAUGGUGGCGACAGUUGUUAUGCUUAUUUGGAUUAUGGUGCUGCUAUAGAAUGGAUGAUUGAUUUGGCUAAAGAUCAUGAGUUACUGAAAUCCUUGAUUGGCCAAGAAAAGAAGCGCUCUGCAAGAGAUAAGUCGAAGAUGCUUACACCUUCCGCUACGCGGCCUAGCAGAAUCAAUGCAUUUGGGGCCGAGGUCGACGGCGAUCAAGCAAGCUCUAUUGCAGAUGCUAGUAAGUUUUCGACGAUUAAUGAAGCACUUGAAAGUAGUAGUGCCACGUCAAGCUCUCAGGUUCAGAAUGAUAGUGAGUGCCAGAAGAGUGGUUCUCCUACACAUGAGGGUCAGUUCCAGCAUGCUCAUAAGGAUCGUCGCGACAAUGUUGACUAUCAUACUUGGCAUCGAUGCAGUACAAGAAGUUCUGGCAAAGCAGAUGAUUUUCGAAGGAGACGUGCAACAUCUGGGCGAAGUAAGCAUACACCCCGCUUCAAUCAUUAUGUUCCUCAAUUUGCAUGGGUGUCGUGCUACUUUGUUGUUCAGGCAGGUUGGUGCUACGUCGAUGUUAGUGCAAGUUAA